AGCGAGUCAACAAAUAUCUUGCGUUAUUAAUAGUAGGGAGGUCUUUAUUUCCACUGCAUCAUCUAUGUCGAGCAGGGCGCUGUGAUCACCGUUCAGCUAGCUUCUGCUCUAGCUUCUGCUGUGGAAUCGUCGCUUAUCUCAAAACGUCGUCGAAGGCGUGACCGCGGCAGCUCCACCCCAUGAUAAGAGCGCAUGAGGGGUGUCUUCUAAACACCAGGCCUCGUCAGAGGUAGUGCAACGUUUCGCUGUGGCAUUUUGGAAGAGUCUGCCCCGCUUAUUUGAGACAUUUCCAGACAUUCUCUCGGUGGCAGCACUUGAGUUCAACAAUCUCACAGAAGAUGGCAGACCAGACACUCUCCGUACAACAGCCGCUGCUGGGCUCGGCAAGCCAACGCAGGGACUAUGGCAGCCAACAUCAUGCGACGACGGUUGUGCAUUUCUCUCCUGGAGACCCAGAAGACCCCCGGAACUGGCCGCGCUCCAAGAAAUGGCUAAUGAUUGGUCCCAUCCUCCUCAUCGAUUUGUCGGUCAGCUGGGGUGCCUCUGGAUUCUCGCCCGCCAGCAAAAAGUUUGCCGAGGACUUUGGACUGCCACCGGGUAUGGGAACUUUGGGGCUAUCCGCCUACGUACUGGGGCUGGCAUUUGGACCUAUGACAUUGGCCCCCCUUUCCGAGUACUAUGGAAGACGGCCGGUCUACAUUUACUCUUACUUCGUUUACCUAUGCCUCCUUGCGGCAUCAGCUGUGGCCCCAAAUCUUGCAGUGUUCCUACCGGUGAGGCUGCUGUCAGGCUACUUUGCUUCCGUGACCAUUGCAAAUUUUGGCGGGACCAUUGCAGAUCUCUAUCAUCCUCAUGAUACCGGUCCCGCCAUGUCCUUGUACCUCUGGGCGGCUACCUGCGGGUCUCCGUCUGGCUUCUUCAUGAUGUCCUUUGUGGCCCACCACAGGGGCUGGCGAGAUGUCUUCUGGGCCUUGCUUGCCAUCUGUGGCAGCUUAUGGGUCUUCAUGACAGCAUCACUCAUAUACUGUGGAGAGACCCGUCACAGCAUAAUUCUCGCCAGACGAGUCGAACAUGAACGCAAGCACAACAGCGACGAGGCAAGUAUCGAUGUCCCUGAGAACCUGAAGCAAAGGAGCGUGAAAGAUCUCUUCACCGUCACCCUUGCCAGACCUUUCAGGUUUCUCGCUACAGAGCUUAUCAUUGUGUGCGCUGCUCUCUACAAUGGGUAUCUCUACGGCCUCAGCUUCCUUUUCAACACCGCGUUUGCCCUGGUCUUUGGCCAGGGCCACGGCUUCGACGCAAUAGGUGUGGGCAUUUGCUUCCUCGGCCUCGUCGUUGGUAUCAGUCUCGGCCCCAUUGCGAAUAUUUGGCAGGAGAGACACUAUCAGAGACGUGUCGAGGAAUCCGGUGGCAAGAAUGUCCCAGAGGCGCGAGUUGGGUUGCUGCCAAAAAUUGCUGCUAUCUUAUUCCCGGUGUCUUUGCUUCUCUUUGCUUUGACAACUAGCCCUCAUAUCCACCCAAUUUUCCCUGUUCUAGCAUCGGCUCUAUGGGGAUUCAGCUUUUACACUCUCAUUCUCAUGACGUUCACAUACACAGAGGACUCAUACAAGGUCUAUUCAGCUUCCGCACUAGCUGGUAUUGGGCUUAUUCGCAAUCUCUUCGGCGCGGCCUUCCCUCUCUUUGCGCACGGUCUAUUCACUAAAAUGGGCUACCAAUGGGCAGGAACGCUUCUCGCUGGUCUUGCAGUGAUACUGGUGCCGAUCCCUUUUGUGUGGAGCAGACAUGGCAGACUGCUUCGGGAGAGAAGUCCUUGGGCUAGGGAGCACAUGGAUGACCUCGAUGGCGACGAAGAAGACGGACAAGGCGCAUCUUAA